AUGUCCCUGUCCUCCCCCCUUUUCCAGUCUCCCCGCCGGGUCUUCUCCGCAGCCGCCGCGCUGCGCGUCGUCCUGCUCUUUUACGGCCUGUACCAGGACGCCCACUCCCCCGUCAAGUACACCGAUAUCGACUACAUGGUCUUCACCGACGCCGCGCGCUUCGUGUCGCGCGGCCACUCGCCCUAUGCGCGCGACACGUACCGCUACACGCCGCUGCUGGCGUGGAUGCUGCUCCCGACGGCGUGGCGGGGGCUGGGGCCGCUGCUCUUCUCCUUCGGCAAGGUACUCUUCGCCGUCGCUGAUCUGGUCGCCGGAUGGCUGCUCGUGCGCGUCCUGCGGUCCGAGUACGGGAUGAGCGAGGCCCGCGCGCUGAAAUACGCCAGCCUCUGGCUGCUCAACCCGAUGGUCGCGACUAUCAGCACGCGCGGCAGCUCCGAAGGCCUCCUGGGGGUGAUGGUGAUGGCCUUGCUAUGGGCCAUCACGCAGCGACGGAUCGCCCUGGCGGGGGUCCUGCUGGGGUUGGGCGUGCAUUUCAAGAUCUACCCGUUCAUCUACGGGCCGUCGAUGCUGUGGUGGCUGGACAGGAGCAGAACUCGAACGAGCAAUAGCCUGGUCGAGAAGAUCACUGCCCUGGUGACGCCCUCGCGCAUCACACUCACCCUGACAGCCCUGUCCACGUUCUCCGCCCUCAACAUCUCCAUGUACAUGCUGUACGGCCUCCCGUUCAUGCAGCACACAUACCUGCACCACCUGACGCGGAUCGACCACCGGCACAACUUCUCGCCGUACAACACGCUGCUGUAUCUGUCGGCAGCGCGGCAGCAACAUGGCGGGAUCCACUUCGAGUCUCUGGCCUUCGUGCCGCAACUGUUUCUGUCUGCAGUCGCGAUCCCGCUCGUCCUGGCCAGGAAGAAUCUCCCAGGGACGAUGCUGGCGCAGACAUUUGCCUUUGUAGCGUUUAACAAGGUGUGCACGAGUCAGUACUUCCUGUGGUACCUCAUCUUCCUACCACUAUAUCUGCCAUCAUCAUCCUUCCUCAAGAGACCCAUCAAGGGGAUAUCCGCAGCGCUGCUGUGGGUUCUUGCGCAGGCCCUCUGGCUCCACCAAGCCUUCCGCCUCGAAUUCCUCGGCAUCACCAGCUUCCUGCCGGGGCUGUGGCUGGCGUCGCUAAUCUUUUUCGCCGCUAACGUGUGGAUUCUGGGUGUGAUUGUUGCGGAUGUGGGGGGUAUCAAUAAUGACAGUGGUCCCUCUUCUUCUAGCAAGAAGAGCGCUACCGCUGCUGCGACUGCUACCGGUGGCAGCGGAUUCUCCGAGCAAAAGCUUAGGGUUGUAGCGGAGUAUAUGAAGGAGGUGGAGGAGAUGCAGGAAUCGAGCUGA